AUGGUACUGGCACCGGAAGACCGCUGCAACCGAAAUGACCCCGAGGAUGACAUUGAGAAUCAAAACCAUGAGCCCAUCAGUAAGGAGCAGCAAGACAAUGAGUCCACGCCGGCUGUAGGUUCCCACUGCCCAGUGCCAGUGAAAGACUUACAUAAUGAGUUUCAUGAUGCCUGUGACGAGAUAAUCGAGCAUGACCCUAAGGUCGUCGAAAGUGAGGAAGAGUUUGGCAGUGUCAGCUUCGAUGAAGAUGAAGACCUAACCAGUGGCGACAUCCAUUCUGGAAGGGAGGCAGCAAUUCACCAAAGCAUGUUUGACUUGGCUAUGGAUCAUGUCAGGAAUGGAUUCUUCCAGCAUAUCAUGGCCAUGCUGGCUGUGUGCUUCAAAUGCAUCAUGAGGAAAAUGAGGGGUGGAGAUUCUGAUGAACAGGUAGAUGCUGCCCUAGAGGUUGUUGAUAUCAUGGACCCAUCGACAGGCAAUCAGCUGGCAACUUCUCAGUUUGGCCAAACCACUCAGAUGGGCCAAAGUGGGGCUAGUGGUGGUGGGGCAUCGGGCACGGGAGGAGCUGGUGCCUCAACUAGUGCCAGUGUGGGAACUGCAUCCGGCACAGGAGCAGCCCAGGCAACUGCAGUAGUCAGCCAAAUGGCAACUCAGGCUGCGGUUAGUGCGGUAGGAGCCUCAGCCUCAGCAGCUUCUGCGGCAGCUGCCACGACUGCCAGUACAGCAACCACAGUUGUCAGUGCCAUAGCCUCUGCUAGUGCUGUAUCCCAAAUUGGGGUGACUGUUGGCAUUGCGGCUGUGGCAGCUGCCGCAGUGAGCAGUGGUGUAGUCAUAAACCAGGAAACCCGCUCAAAUGCUACUGCUCCUGUGGUGAAAGGCACAGAUUUUGUACCUCCAUCCUGUUCGCUUACCUCCCAGAUUAAGCAAGGUCUUGUGGAAUUGAAAAUUCAGGGUAUGCCAGAGGAUUCUUUGCCGCAGCACAGAGAGAAGAUAGAAGAGAUUUUUCGAGACCUCUACAACAAUAUCACAGGAAUGUGCUUGGAUCCUUUCUCGCGGGUAUUGCACAAGGCGGAGCUUCAAAAUUGGAGUACAGAGGACAGUGUGGUUUUCUUGGAAGAUGUUUCACAACAGUUCGCAACCGGGGCAUCUAACAAUGCAACCAAUGCGACACUGACACAGGUGAUUGUACCAGUUACCACAACAUCUUGGAUUGCCACUAUUGCUUGUGAUGGAUGUCCUGAUUAUGAGCCACUUUUCCAACUGCCGGAAGGUGGUGAGGAAGGUUCUGGUGGCACUAGCACAGGCAACAGCAACAUCAACAGCAAUAGUACAACCUUCAAACAAGCCAAUGCUUCUGCUGCUAUGAGUGGCAGAAACACCAGUAUGGCUCCCAGCCUGUCCAGACGCUUGCAGCUACAGACAACCAUCGAAGUAUCCCAGUUCUUUCCGUUGUUUGCUGCCUCCUUUGGUUACAAUAUUGAACCAGUGCUGACAACAUCAGGAGAUUCCCAAUCAGGAAGACAAAACUCCAUGCAGGAUGUUUUUGCCACCACCAAGGCAGUCUCCCCUUCAGAGAAUUCUGGAGAUCAGGCUGCGGUGAUUGUCCUGUCCAUAGGGCAAGAUACAAUUCAGCCAUUCAUUGAAACAGUUGAAAUGAACCAAGGGACGAUCAUGACUCCUUUCAUCUCAAAUGAGCUAUCGUCGCUCUCACAAUGUCUCUCAGAUGAGGUGGACCAAGAAGUUCACAAGGGAAUCGCAAAAGUUUGUGAUGACCUGAUGCAGCUCAUCACAGGUGAGAACAAUGAAGACAGAGCACCCAUAAAUCUGGAUGCCUUGGCUGCAUGCCUGGAGACCCCAACCAACCCAUCUUGCCAAGACAUUCUGACCACUGCUCUAGAAACUGUUGCUAACAACAAAGCGGACUCGGUUGAUGAAGCUUCUCUUUCUGGAGAAGCUGAUGAAUCCAACAUUUCUGGAAGCUUAGGGGAAGAACCAACUGGAAGCAGCCCCUCAUCAAUCACGGAGAAUCUGGGAGAAGAAGUACCCAACAAGAUGCCAAUUGUAGCUGGAACUUCUGAUGGAGGAGAAAGUCCAGUUGCAGCAGGUAUGGAUUCUGUUGUAGGAAUACUUCCCUCUUCACAGGAAUUGACAAGCCAGACAGGACCUGUUGGAGCUCCUGGCAGUCAGGAGUCUUCUACGUCUAACUCAAAUGGGCUUGGUGCCCCCACAACUGCAGGCGGCCCAUUGGAGUAUCCUACUCAAGUUUUGGAUGUGGCUUCCAGCCCCUCUGGCUCAAGCCCAGUGGAGGUUAUCACUCCUACAGACACAGCUAGUUCGCCAUCAGCAAUCGCGGCCUCCAAUCCAUUAGGUUCUACAAUCCCAAGCGGUUUUCUUUCACCAACUGCAUCAUUUCAGCCAACAGUGGUUAAACCAAAUGCAAUUUCUUGGAUGGUUGAUGUUAUUCAAGCAGGCCCAACAGUUUCAGAUCCAUCUAUACCGAGUGCUGUUGUUCCCACCACAAGUAAAAUCUACAAACCUAGCUCCGUCCAGGCACACCCAGCAAUUGCCCCAUCAUUGUUGGCACCAAACAUGUCCCCCACUCUGUUCGACUCACACAUAAUUGCCAGUCCAUCAGCUGUGCCACUUCAAGUUGCAUCAACCCCAAGCAAAGGUGGGACUCUGACACCUAGCAAAGAUGGGACUCUGACACCUAGCAAAGAUGGGACUCUGACACCGAGUACAAGGGGAACUCUGACAUCAAGUACUGCCAUAGGACUUCUGGCUUUUUCAAACAGAGAAGGAAGCUUCUCAACAUUGUCCCUUACCCAAAAUACCCCAGUUCCAGUUGCCACUGUCAGUUUGUCACCUGCUUCAGUGAUUGGGCUCAAUUCCUUUUCCAAUAACCAGGGUGUGGCACCACCUUCAUCUCAAGGUGACAAUCAUGAUCGAACACCACAACCGAAUAUUGUUCCAACAAAACUUCCCACACCACCACAAUCAUUACAAGGCACCGAGACACCCUCAUCAAUGCCAACAAGCAAAUCAACAAUGGGGCCCUCUACAUUGCUCACACAACAAGCAACAUUCCAAACAACAGCCCUGCCUACACUCCAGCCAACAGAGGAUCCAACAGAAGAGCCAACACAUGAACCAACAACAGAACCAACCCUCCAGCCAACAGAAGAGCCAACGCUUCAACCAACAACAGAGCCAACGCUUCAACCAACACUCAAUCCAACGGAAGAGCAAUCUCCCUUUCCAACAGUUUCAUCCGGAAGACCCAGUGGCAGUCCCACGAGUUCUCCUACCAAUGGACCAACAAAGGGACCAUCACUGCCACCAAUCCCCAAUCCUACUCCUAUGCCAGAUGCUCCUUCGGGUCAGCUCACUGCUAGCCCCACUGAUGCACCCACUGGAACACCAUCCAUUAUUCCAUCGCUGGCUCCAAGUAUCACUUGCAAUGAUAUAUCUAUCACAAAUGAAAGGAACUAUUAUGUUUACUUUGCUGGUGAUGUUACAACAAUUUCUGAUCAAGAUCUUGCAAUAGCAUUCUCCUCUGGCUACAAUUCUCUUUCAAAGAAUUCAUGUGCAGAAGACCUCAAUCUUGUUGUCCCAGCCAGGCGUUUCACAAGAAGAAGGCUCCAGCAAUCACCAUCAGCUGUGAUUGAAUUCAUUGUUCGAACUAGGCAGCUAUCCAUUGGAAGUCUAUUUCGCACAUUGGAUGAUUCCACAGCUUUCAUGGGGGGUUUCAACAGUGGUAUGCAAGGGAAUGCUGCUGUAGCAAUUAGAGUGAGUGACACUCUUGAAAUAGGUACUCCCACAAGGUCUCCAACCCCAUCACCAACUAGUUUUCCCACUGGAUCCACAACUAUGCCAACCACAAUAUCACUAACAGAUUCACCAACCAGAAUCCCUCCAACUUCUCUACCGACGGUUACGUCUGGUGCACCGACUGUCAGUCCUGCUGAGCCCCCAACAGCAGCACCCACAGUCGCUUCCACAAUGUCUCCUACAGGCACCCCCACCCCCAUCCCAACAGUUACUCCGGAAACCCCUAGCAUCACUCCCGUCAAAGCUCCAGCCGAUCAACCCACAGAAGUCCCAUACCAUGCUCCAUCAGCACCCCCGACAGCAAAGACAACCAAGUUGCCCAGUACGAUGCCAUCAAUGGCUCCUUCAAAUGUGCCAUCGAACAUGACAUCCCAACCACCAACUAUGUCUCCAACCAAAGCCCCCACUAAAGCACCAAGCAACUCCCUUACUAAGGUGCCUACCAUGCAUCCUGCAAAUUUUCCUACAGAUAAAUCUGCUGAAGCUCCCACUGAGUUUCCCACAAUUUUACCAACCAGAGACCCUACCAAUGUACCGACGGAAAAUCCCACAAAGGUUCCUAACACAUCCCCAACCAUGGCACCAACCAAAUCUCCAGCAACACAGGUUCCAACCAAGGCUCCCACGAAUUCACCUUCCAAGGUGCCCACCAAACAACCUAAUCAAGCUCCAAUCAUGGUUCCUACAAAAGUUCCUACAAAAGUGCCUACUGUAGGAGCUACAGAACCUCCAACAGAACGACCCAGUCAAGCCCCAACCGUGUCUCCAGUAAUAGUGCCUACUGUUGCUCCUACCAAAGUUCCUACCAAAUUGCCCAAUCAAGCCCCAACCACAGCUCCUGCAAAAGUGCCUACUGGAGCUCCUACCAAAGAUCCCACCAGGUCACCCAGCAGAGCACCAACCAAAGCUCCUGCGCUGCUCCCCACAAGUUCUCCUACAGAAUUUCCCACAAAGUCACCAAGCCAAGUCCCAACCAUAGCUCCAACUAAGGUGCCUAGUAAGGGGCCCACCAAAGCUCCUAACAGUGCACCAACUGUUACCUCAAGUGCACCAACUGUUACCUCAAGUACACAGCCAAGUGUGAACCGAAGUUUUUCCCCUACCCAGAGUAGCACUUCACCCAGUGAAAGUCCCAGUUCAAAUCCAAGUUCAAAUCCAAGUUUUAAGCCAAGCAGGAUACCAAGUGAAAAUCCCAGUCUCAAUACCAAGCUUCGGUCCAAGCAUGCAUCCCAGCUCAAGGCCAAGCAUGCAACCCAGUUCGAGGCCAAGCAUGCAACCCAGUUCGAGGCCAAGCAUGCAACCCAGUUCGAGGCCAAGCACGUUGCCGAGCGCAUCUCCCAGCUUGAAACCAAGCGCGUUACCCAGCUCAUUACCGUCACCAAUACCAAGUGGGAGUCCAAGCCAGGUACCAAGUGGUGCUCCAAGUAUUUCUCCCAGUGCAUUGCUCAGCUCAAUACCAAGCUUCGGUCCAAGCAUACAUCCCAGCUCAAGGCCAAGCGUGCAUCCCAGUUCGAGGCCAAGUGUGUUACCAAGUGCAUCUCCUAG